AGUCCAGGUUGCUAUCGGUUGAAAUUCGAUUGGCUACGCUUAGUCAAUAUAAAGUUGAGUGGUUCGUAAGUCACAGUCGGUGGUCAGCGAUAAACAUGACUCGCUUAAACUACGACAUUUUGGUGUUCCUCGCAUGUUUUUCUUUUCUUGUGACAAAUUUAAAAGCAGAAGGUGAGCACACUUCACCUCAGGAAAACUUGGUGAAAAGACAUGCUGAAUCAGGACCAGAAGACGACGAACAUUUUGAUAAUAUUUCAGCGGAAGACACUAAAGAAAAAGUCACUAGAGUGAAACGAUCUCACUUUUGGUCUUGGACGAGCCGGAGGAGGUCCACAAACAGACGGUAUUUCAAAACCAGGCCUCAUUGUGAACACGAAGAUCAUGAACACUUUAGAACCCGUUGCUGCUCAGGAAAAUUCAUAGAUAACAUUCUACUACAGACAUGCUGUGCUGGACGCAUCGUAUAUAAAAACAUGGUGCCAUCUUUCUGUCACACGCAUUAUGGGUGCGGUCGUUUCUGGUACGAUACCAACCGCCAAAAGUGCUGCUAUGGCUCAAAAGGCCUAGACUGUCAAGAUGUCCAACCAACGUGUGGCUUGACGCCAUACAACCAAACAGCACAGGCGUGCUGUAGAGGCCGAUACUUGUAUGUGAUAAGUACCCAGAAAUGCUGUUACGGUCGUGUGAUCUCUAGGGGAAGGACUUGUCGACUUUAUAACAGAUGAAGCACCGGUACGCGGUGAGCGAGUAUCAUAGAAUAAGAAACAAAACUGCCUAAACGCGAAAUAUCAUCAUGGAUCUAAGGACAAAUCAGAACGCAACUGAGUAAAUAAAUUAGCCCGACCUGGUUUUUCUAAACGCGAGUGACCAAAUUGAGAUUGAGUUUUGUAUUUCUUCCAGGCUGAUGUUUUAUUAAUCUUAAAGUGUGUCGCGAGCUUUCUAGGGACGAAUCCUUAUAUUUCAGUCAAGCAAAACUAAUGUAAUCCCGUAUCACUUUGAACACUUAAUAAAUGAUUAUUCUAUUGGGUUACCUAAAUAAAGUGAACUCGUGUUUAGAGGA